AUGGCAUUUUCAGUCAAUUUAAGAGCUGAAGAUGUUGACGAUAUGGAUCGAAAACGUUUGGAGAGGAUAGAAGAUUUGAAUGCUUUGGGGAUUGGUAUGAUUGUGACCGGCCUCCAACAGUCGGGGAUAGUGGAAGAAUUCAACAUUCAAUGCCGCACAGAUAAGAUGUGUGUUCUCUACGUCACCAAACAUCCGAUGCUACAACAAAAAUAA